AUGGACGACUCACAACGUACAGCUCACCAGCAGUUUCAUACUACUUCUGAUACACAAUCGAACACAUGUUUUUCAGCAGGAUCCAACAUCAAAUAUCGACCGAUGCCUGACCCAUUAUCUGUUUACGUGCCAUUGGAGUCUCUAACUCAAGAAACCAUUAAUUCUGUUAUUUCGACUGUUCAACAUCCUGAUAGGAGGGUAUGGGACUUUAGUAAACGUACUUUACUUGCUUUUUUGCUGGCAAUCGACAACAGCGUGAGCGAGAUCGAAAGAAACGGGUCAAAUUAUAAAUAUAAUGAACACACUAUACAGCACGCUGCAAGAGUUCGGCAAUUGCUCGUACACCAAGAUCAUGCUGGCAAAAUCGAGAAACUUGAUUGGACUGAACUCCGUGAAAGAUAUGAUAAGAUGGCAAGGGAGAAAGAUGACGGUACUGCAAAGUAUUUUGGUGCCAAAAAUGCGGAACCUUACUACGAGUUAAGUAUUGGGCAGGUACAUCCUGAUGUGAUUCAAUCUCGGAAAUAUAUGGCUCGUUUUCGGAGCUCUGGUUGGAAACCUGAAGAAUUAAAAAUUUAUUGGAAUGUUCAGCAGCUUGAAAAUCUUUGUCCGAAACAUGAAACAGAAUCUAAAAAGGGGGAAGAAAAACUUGAACCAAAAUGCGAAGCAGAAGAUAACCGAAAAAAUGAAACUACUCGAGACAUGAAACUAGAAAAAACUGAAGUAGCGAUCGAAGCAAAAGCUGAAAGAAAGGAUGCCAUAGAAAAUCAAAUGAACGCGAGACCAACCGAAAAAGAAAAGAGUGAAGCCACAAAUGAGAUCUUAUCACCACAUGAUCCAUCCGAUGCUGAUAUCAUACAAGCUCUACGUGAAUGUCCUGUAUCGAAAAGAAAUAAUGCUGGAAAAAUUACCUAUGUCAAUACAGGAAUUGAAAAGGCUGUUUUUGACAUACCAGAGACCGCUCAAAUAAUUGUUCUUAAUUUUGCUAAUGAACGAUCACCAGGAGGUGGCUAUUUGCGACAUACUUGGGCACAAGAAGAAAUUAUUCUUUACAAUUCGGACGGUUAUCGUGCGUUACUUGAUCUCAAAUAUGGGCGCAUGGGUGGUGGCUAUGCUAUACCAGAAUUUGGACUUGCUUAUGUUCGUGAUAUACGUUUUGUUGAUAAAAACACUGGCAAAAAUCGUAAGACCGAUAUGUUAGUUUCUGCUUGUUAUUGUCUUACUGGUUCACCUAAACUAUAUGCCAAUCCAACAUCAAAAAUCGAUUGGGAAACAAAAACGUUAGCGAAGUUUCGAGCAUUUAUGGCGGCAGCUGUUGCUAAUACAAGAGGUGAUGGAUCAAAUACUUAUCUUUUACUUGGACCGAUAGGUACUGGUGAUUUUGGAAAUAAUGUCACUGAGAUUGGAAAGAUCUUUCGCAGAGUGCUUAUGUCGAAUUUGAUGGGUUCAAAUGGUCCCGUUAUCAAAGCUUUCGAGCAUAUUUGGUUCGUUUCGACAGAUACAUGGAAAAAUGAUAAGUUCAAACAACUCAUGCGUUCUAAGCUAUGA